UUUAUAUAAAAGCAUAUAUUGCACCUUGGAAAUAAACAUAGGCCGCCAAUUUUCCUAAAAAAGACAUUGCUUACUGUAGUAGUUAUUCUACACAAGCGAAGUCACGGCUAUAAGCUAGUCUUAAGUGUUAUGCAAGUACCUUAUCCAUUGUUCGACAAUCAUUGAUUUUCUGAGAGCUAAACUGCGCAUGCUCGAACCCGUCCAGGCACCUCGAGCUGAAAUCCGAUAUUCAUUUUGACGGUGCGGUGCCUACAAAGUAGUUGUGUCUUGAAUUGUGUUCCCAUAAUUCAGAAGGGCGUGCCCUUCCUUUUUUUGGAGCUGAAAGCCAAAGAAAUCUCCCUGAGUGAAGGAUUGGCACAAUGAAUUUAAGAAAGCUGAUUUUGUUGGCGAAGCUGCUCAAAUAUUUGUUAUGGCGUCGAUCACAGAUCGAGAGUACGACCCCUGAUCUUGAGAUGAGUCCAGAGAGGCGGGCGAAGUCUAUUGCUGGAUCCUUCUUCGGCAGCGGCACGUGGCAGGCGAAGUUUGAGGGAUGACAGAUGAGGUUCCUGCGGAUGCUUUUCCAAAGGAGCAGAAGCAGUAGAUCUGGCGCUACGACUGGCAAAACAACUGGCGACGUAACAGGCAAUACCACUGGCGUUUCUGAGGAAACUGAAAAUACUCAAGAAACAGAUGCUCCUCAGGACCCCGAGGAUCCUAGGGAUACCGCCACUUAUGAAAUUAUCACUGAUCCGCAAGAUCUUCGUAAAGAAAUUCAAGAAAUCGUAGCGCAAUACAGCGAAGCUCUCUUUUUGGAUGACAUCGAGGGAGCCUGUCCCCCUGUCAUAACUUUGGAUGAUCAACAGCCAGAAAAUGACGAGAUAAAUACCACAAAUAAAAUUUCGCAAGAUGAUUGUGAAGACGAAGGCGAACCAGACGCUGUUGAACUUAAGGAGCUUGUUAUUACUAACCAACCGACAGUGGGCGAAGCUGGGAUUCUUGACGAUCUUGAGUUCAUGGAUGAAGAGCCCCAGGAUGAUGACGAUGAUGAGGAGGAAUGACGCGAGGAAUACCAAGGGUUGCCUCAAUGAGGCCAACCCCCUGAGGAGGAUGAGGAGGAAGAUUUAGUCGAGGAUGAGGAGGAGGACGAUGAAGAAGAGGACGGAUGGAUUUGUUGCCGAUGGCUUUACAAAUGGUGCUGGUAGAUAUUAUGAAAGGCCUAAGUUUGACAUUUUAUUUGAAUGACAGGUGUAGUUACCAGCCAGAGUUGUAAUUUAUGGGUCCUGGAUUGUAGAUAUAGACAAAGCGUGGGAGUAUUUAGACACGGAGCGGUGUAAGAUAAGCAUACCUUGAACUAACCGGCACGACAAUCGAUCAAUAUCUCACGUUUGCUUCGCCAUUAAGGCUCAUCGACCAUCGCUCCCUGUUUACAACUCACGCUGUUAUCUAUAUCAUCGUACGUAGUUCUCCUAGUAUGGACUGCUUUCAGAUAUAGCAUCAUUAUGUGUUUUAUUCGUAGUGGAAAGAAAUCCGCACUGAAUCUGAAAUGAAAUAGUAGUUACUUGGUGUCUAUGAAAAUAUAAUAUGUAUCAAAAUAUUCUAAUAGUCAUAAUUUAAGAACGUUAUCGGUGUUGUUACAAAGAUUAAAUAUGUAAUGCAUGUAUGUGUACGCAUUGUACUUCUCUGAUCGCUAAACAGUAAGCUUAUUGAUGUAUUUGAAGAUUCAAUGUUGCUGUAGGAUGUCCGACUUUGCUACUUGAUUCUUUUUUAUUUCUUCUGCGCAUUAUGAUGUUUAGGAAUUAUUGAAGGUGUAAGAUUGAGUUGAUUUAAAUUUAAAUGAAUGUCGAAUGUUUCAAUCUUCCGUACAUGAAUUCUAAAUUCUACAUGAAUUCUAAACCCUGCACUGAAAUGAAAUUUAUCAUUUAUAUUUU